AGUUGCCGUAGUAUUGUCCCUAUGGCUUCCUCGUAGCGAAAGGCUAACACGCUCCUGACAGAAAUGGCACACAAAUAAGUUGUGUAAGAAAUAACAAGAUGACUGCGGGAAUAAUUUCGCUUCUGAAUGUUCUCACAAAACCUAGUAGUGAGGCAUCCGGGCUUGAUGCAAAGUUGUCGAAGGAAGAGGUGCUUCAAGCAGCACUGCUGGCCAACAGAGAUGCUCUCUUGGAACGGCUGCACAGUGACAGCAGCUUGACGGAUGUGAGGCGUUUUAGAGAGGAGGUGCUGGCCGGGGCAAGAUGGUUCUUAAAUGACACCGAGGAUGUGAUGUGGUGCUUUGUCCAAGAGUGUCUCCUGUUGCUUCUCACCUUAGCACGUCACCUUUCUGCUGAACUUGAGCUUUUCAAUCGGACACAUUCUAGCCCUGCCACCAAACUACACACCCCUGAGAUGGCGCCACCCUUACCUCCGGAUGUGCUCAGUGUCACUCAGCAGAAAACACUUGGCUCAGUUCUUCAGUUUGUGGUUUCUUUAGGGCUCUGCCCGUACUUGGCUCCCGGAGUAGGCGUACCUCUGGGUCACAGGUCAGCAUUUGGUGCAAUGCUGGAAAAAAUGAUAUGCUCUCAAGCAGCUGCCGUGGCACAACGCCGGCUCCAGACCACGACAAAUGUCUUGUUGCAAUGUGCUGAGCAGUCAUCUCUCGCUACACUGGUUUUCACCCGGCACCUUGGAGAUGUGAUGGCAGCGCUCUGUCAGCUUGGUUACCAGCCACAGCUGUCUGAGGGGAGCACCACAAAGGAUGUUAAGGAGCUCCAUGAAGAGGAGGAACGCAGAAACUGCCAGGACGCUUUGAAAUGUCUUUUGGGGAAAGUCUAUCAGCCAGUUGUAAUCAAAGAACUCCUCAUAUUACAAGGUGGAAACAAACAGUCUGGGACAGUAGGAAGCGCCAGUGGUUCCACAGACAGAAGAACUCCGAGCUGGCUAAGGCGACUAUGUGGCCAUUUGCUCUCUGAGCGUCUGAUGCAGCCGAAUGGGGUUCGGGCUGUCAUUAGGGCCAUCCUGGAGGGAGGAACAGGGGGUGAGUCAGACUGGAGGAAAUGUGACGGUAUAGCCAGGAUCCUGGCAGCAUGCCCCCAGCAGUCCACAUCAGCUGACACUUACUAUAGGCAAAUCUGUUCUCAGAUCCUGGAUCUCCUGCACCUUAAAGACAAGCUUACAGCCCAGCAGUUCCAGCGAGUGGCCACUAGGACGGUUCUGUACUUGUUGCAAGAGAAGCCCACUUUUGCUCAGCAUUACUUUCUGGUUCCUCUGUUGAGUCCUCUCCAUCGCUGCAUCACUGCUGCUGAUGUUAACUGCCGAGUUGUUGUGGAGGAAUGGGAGCUGAUGCAAUGUGUGGAGGACAUCAACAAGAUCUGGGUGGUGGGCAACAUGCCGUCAACCCUCCUCCUCAAAGCGUUAGAAGAAGUUCUACCUGUUGUCUUCACACUCUUCUGUUUCACCAAGCAGAACGUCUCCAACCUACGAGUGCCAUGUCAGGAUAUUUUGCUAUGGUAUCCAAGCCACAUGGAGAGCUUCACAGCACUAUCAGUACUCAGGCAACUCUCAGGUCUUCAGGCGCAUGCUGAAGUAGCAGCAGGUUUUAGUUUCACCCCUGGCAGCUGUGGUGGAGUCCAACUUAGUUGCAGAGAUGACUGCAGCGAUGAAGAUAACGCUUUGUAUGAGAAGCUGUCUGGAGAGCAAUGGAGGUUGGAGUGUCUAACGGACCUUUUGGCUCAACUCAAAGAUAGUGAUGUGCCUGGAGACUACUUCCUGGACUUGUUACAGGAGUUAACCAGGUGGACAACAGUAGGGACAGAAGAAGAGGAGGAAGAUGGACAACAGUUAAACAUAUCAGCCAUGACGCUCCUGGAGGUGGAGCAGCAGGGCUGCGUCGCAAGGCAAGCCUACACACUGGCUUUGCUUCAAGUGCUGGCAAUAAUGGUGGAGACCCUGCAGCAUACUGUGCUGUUGAAAAAAAACAUACAGGUAGUUGGCUUUAUAGUAUCCCUGCUUGAGAGGGCUUGCAUUGGUCUGGAUCAGACUAGUUGUCUCAGUAUUGGAAACCCAAUAGAGAGCCAAACACUGACUAUGGGGAUGGGACUGGUGGCUACUCUGCUAUCUGAACCACAGCUCAGCGUGGAGGUCUAUUCCUCCAUGUCAAGGCUGCUCCAGCCACUGGGAACUCUAUCCCAGAAACACCCAGAGCUGUUCAUCCAAGAGCUGGCCUCCAACUUAAGAGCUGUCAUUGCUACCCAGGGUGCUUACCGUCCAGAUAACCUCUCUACUCGUGCUGCUCCAGGCUCCAAAGACAGUGGGAUGUCAUCAAAGGACAACUACAUGCCCAAUAAUAAGACAGAAACAAAGGAAUCACAGACUCUUUCUGUCAACCACGUGCACAAAAAUUCUGUUACCAGACAAUCAGCAUCCUUUGGGGACUCUGUGACAAGUCAAACUUCACAUACCUCGAAGGGAUUUUCUGAUUGGUUACUAGAGGCGUGUGACCCUGACAUUCCAACCAAAGCAUUUGCUCUAAGGACUUUAACCCAAAAGGUGCAAAGCAACGAUCCAGAGACUCUACAAGACGUGGAGAGAGUCCUUAUUCUCUUCCUUGAAAACCUGGAACAUGAGGAGUCUUUCAUCUACCUGUCAGCUAUUCAAGGACUUUCUUCUUUGGCUGAUUCCUACCCUGAAAGGAUCCUUAAAAGACUUCUGAGAGACUUUCAACAUGGUCCUUCACUCUCGACCUCCAACAAGUAUCAGUCCUUGGAGUUUCGCCUAAAAAUGGGCGAAGUCUUAAUGAGGGCAAGCAGAGCUAUGGGCGAUUUGGCGCCGCACCUGGGUCAUCCCCUGGUGGCUGUGUUCCUGAGAGGAACGAGAGACUCGGACCAAAGCAUCCGGGCCAGCAGUCUGUCUAACCUGGGGGAACUCUGCCAGAGAUUAGACUAUGCCCUCGGUCCACUGGCUCAGGAGCUGAGCUCCUGUUUAACUGCUGUGAUAAAGACUGAGAAGGAAGCAGAGGUGAGGCGAGCUGCUGUCCAUAUUAUUACCCAGCUGAUCCGAGGCCUUAGUCACAAAACCACUCAGGUCCUCAGGGAUGUUUUGUUGGAUCUGUACCGAGCGCUAAAGUGGGUGGUUCGCUCCGACCCAGAUGAAGUCACAGUGCUUCAUGCCCAGCUGGCUCUGGAGGAGCUAGACGCCGUCAUGAGAAGCCUCAUCUUUCCCAAGCAAAAGUUGGAAAAGAAGAUUGUUGUCCUGCCUUAAAACUGUUUUUGAAUUCUUAUGCUUCCAGCACUAGUUUUAAAGUUAAAGUUAAAGUACCAAUGAUUGUCACACACACACUAGGUGUGGCGAGAUUAUUCUCUGCAUUUGACCCAUCACCCUUGAUCACCCCCUGGGAGGUGAGGGGAGCAGUGGGCAGCAGUGGGCAGCAGCGGUGGCCGCGCCCGGGAAUCAUUUUGGUGAUUUAACCCCCAAUUCCAACCCUUGAUGCUGAGUGCCAAGCAGGGAGGUAAUGGGUCCCAUUUUUAUAGUCUUUGGUAUGACUCGGCCGGGAUUUGAACUCACAACCUACCGAUCUCAGGGCGGACACUCUAACCACUAGGCCACUGAGUAGGUUGCCUUUAACUUAUGUACAUUAGUAUCAUAGCAAAAAGUGGCCAGACAGAACUACCAAUCACGUCUUUAGUAUUGCUGCGUGGUUUGCUUUGGAAUGAUGUAUUUCCUACAAGCAUGCUUGCAAAAGUUGCAAACCUUUAAUCAGAAUUUACAGCAAUGACGUUGAAAUUUGCAAGUUUGUCUACAAAUGGAGCAUAAUUGUUGGGGGAAACAUCAUGCAGAAUAAUCAUGACUAGGGAUGUCCGAUAAUGGCUUUUUGCCGAUAUACGAUAUUCCGAUAUUGACCAAACUCUUUAAUUACCGAUAACGAUAUCAACCGAUACCAAUAUAUACAGUCGUGGAAUUAACACAUUAUUAUGCCUAAUUUGGACAACCAGGUAUGGUGAAGAUAAGAUCCUUUUUAUAAAAAAUAAAAUAAGAUAAAUAAAUUGAAAACAUUUUCUUGAAUAAAAAAGAAAGUAAAACAAUAUAAAAACAGUUACAUAGAAACUAGUAAAUAAUGAAAAUGAGUAAAAUUAACUGUUAAAGGUUAGUACUAUUAGUGGACCAGCAGCACGCACAAUCAUGUGUGCUUACGGACUGUAUCCCUUGCAGACUGUAUUGAUAUAUAUUGAUAUAUGAUGUAGGAACCAGAAUAUUAAUAACAGAAAGAAACAACCCUUUUGUGUGAAUGAGUGUGAAUGGGGUAGGGUUUUUUGGGGGGUUGGUGUACUAAUUGUAAGUGUAUAUUGUGUUUUUUAUAUUGAUUUAAUUUAAAAAAUAAAAAAACGAUACCGAUAAUUUAAAAAAUUAUACCGAUAAUUUCCGAUAUUACAUUCUAAAGCAUUUAUCGGACAUCUCUAAUCAUGACUAUACAGGGGUUUAUAUGUUUUGUAUAUUGGGCUGAAUAUACAAAAUUAAUACAAAUACCACAUAUUUUUGUUAAAAAAAAUAUUGUAUUUACAUCUAUUUAGGACAUUUCUCUGCUUUUCCUGAGGGUAUAGCAUCACCCCCACUUUUUUAGUGUUUCUCCACUGUUCAGUCAUUUUGAACAUAUUUAAAAUACAUUUUGUAUUGAAACUGUCUAAA